CGGGCGGGGCGCAGGUGGGCCGGCGGUGGGCGGGGGUUGCCCCGCGGUCCCCGCCUCCCACAUCCGGGGGCCCGGCCGGGCGCUGGGCUUUGGGCGCGCUGAUGAGUCAGGCCGGGUUUUCCCUUCUCCUCUGGGGUAGGCGAGUGAGCGCGGCUGAGCGCGUCCCUCCCUCGCCAAUCCGGCUCCGGCUCCAGCCUGCCCGCCGGCCCGGCUCGACCUGGCUGGGCUUGUAGACUGGAGUCCGCGCGCGGGAGCUGCGGCCGCCCGGAAUCGGGCGCCAGCAUGAUGUGGCUUUCUGGGCCUUGCUGACACUCCAUGGCCACAGCACCAGGCCCUGCUGGCAUCGCCAUGGGCAGUGUGGGCAGUCUGCUGGAGCGACAGGACUUCUCCCCUGAAGAGCUGCGGGCGGCCCUCUCAGGGUCCCGAGGCUCCCGCCAGCCAGAUGGGCUCCUCCGUAAGGGCUUGGGCCAGCGUGAGCUCCUCAGCUACCUGCACCUCCCCAAGAAGGACGGCAAGACGGCCAAGCGGACCCCACGUGCUGAGCCCACCGACUAUGCCACCUUCUACUACCGCGAGCACCCAAGGGCCGGCGACUUCAGCAAGACCUCGCUGCCUGAGCGAGGCCGUUUUGACAAGUGCCGCAUACGCCCGUCAGUGUUCAAGCCUGUGACGGGCACUGGGAAAGGCUUCCUGUCCAUGCAGAGCCUGGCGGCCCACAAGGGCCAGAAGCUGUGGCGCAGCAACGGCAGCCUGCACACCCUGGCCUGCCACCCACCCCUGAGCCCUGGACCCCGGGCCAGUCAGGCCCAGGCCCGUGCCCAGCUGCUCCAUGCCCUUAGCUUGGAUGAGGCUGGCGCCGAACCCGAGCCCAGCCUGUCCGACUCCUCCAGUGGGGGGAGCUUUGGCCACAGCCCCAGCACUGGCCCUUUCAGCUCUUCUCUGGGCCACAUCAACCACCUCGGGGGCUCCCUGGACCGUACCUCGCGAAGCCCCAAGGAGGCGGGCCCCCUGGCUGCGCUGAACUGCCUGCCUGAGCCCCCGCCCCCCUACGAGUUCUCCUGCUCCACCACUGAGGAGGUGGUGGCAGCUGUGCUGCCGGAUACCUGUGAAGACCUCAAGAGGGGCCUCGCGGACGAGGAGGGUGGCAACCCCCUCACGCAGAUGCUGGAAGAGCGCCAGCGGCUGUGGCUUGGUGAGCUGAAGCGCCUGUACGUGGAGCGGCUGCAUGAGGUGGCCCAGAAGGCUGAGCGCAGCGAGCGCACCCUUCAGCUGCAGCUCUUCGUGGCCCAGCAGGAGCAGCGGCGCCUGCGCAAAGAGCUGCGGGCACAGCAGGGCCUGGGCCCCGAGCAAACGGACCCCAGCAGCCGGCCAGAGGAGGAGGCCCGGUGGGAGGUGUGCCAGAAGACGGCGGAGAUCAGCCUCCUGAAGCAGCAGCUGCGCGAGGCCCAGGCCGAGCUGGCACAGAAGUUGGCAGAGAUCUUCAGCCUGAAGACGCAGCUCCGCGGCAGCCGCGCGCAGACCCAGGCGCAGGACGCGGAGCUGGCCCGGCUGCGGGAGGCUGUGCGCAGCCUGCAGGAGCAGGCCCCGCGGGAGGAGGCCCCGGGCAAUUGCGAGACUGACGACUGCAAGAGCCGGGGUUUACUGGGAGAGGUGGAGGAGGGCGCCCCUGAGCUGCUGCGGGCUGAACUGCAGCAGGAACGGCUGCGGGGCCAGGAGCAGGCAUUGCGCUUUGAGCAGGAGCGGCGGACAUGGCAGGAGGAGAAAGAGAGGGUUUUGCGCUACCAGCGCGAGAUCCAGGGCAGCUACAUGGACAUGUACCGCCGCAACCAGGCGCUUGAGCAGGAGCUACGGGCGUUGCGGGAGCCCCCGGAGCCCUGGAGCCCGCGCCUCGAGUCCUCUAAGAUCUGAGGCCUGUGGAGGCCACUGACAAUGGAAGCACUGUCUGGAGGCAGCUCAAACAGGCCUGCUGGAGCUGCUGGCUCCACUAGCCAGCCCUGGGAAGGAUCACCCAGAGAAGGGGUGCAGUGAGGCUGUGGGCUGGCGAGGGUGCCAGUGGUUGGAACCAGGCCAGAGGGUCACCGAGCAGGAGCCAGCCUUGCUCCCUGGAGGAGGUGUGGCUCUGGUAGGGAAGGAGGUGGGGGCGGGUGGGAAGAGCCCCUCGAUACUACAGGGCAGCCAUGAGGCAGCUGGGCUGGGCCAGCAGUACUGGCCUCCCCCAGAAUAAAACCACAUUUUCUACCA